CGGGCGGCCGAGAACAGCGGAGCCAACGGCAACGCCGAGGGCGACAGCAGCAGCGGGCGGCCGGUUCGCGAGGCCAGGCGCGGCGGCGGCAGCGGCAGCGGCGGCGGCGGCAGCGGCGGCGGCAGCAACAGCGGCGGCAGCGGCAGCAGCGGCGGCGGCAAGCGCGGUCUGAAGGCCGCGCCGGCGGAGGCGUCAUGGUCUGAGACGGCGUGGUCGCGCACACUCCGGCCACGCCGCGGCUGAGUUCGCCUCGGCUGGGACCGGCAUCGGUGGCUGCGGUGGCUGGUCCUGAGGCGGCGGGGCGUGGCAGAGACGCCGCACUGGCUGGAGUCGACGCCCCAGCACGCAGUGCCGCGCGCCUCUUGAGACGAGGCGCCGCGGGCGCGCGGGCGGGGGCGACGGGUAUGGCUAGGCGGGGUAGGGAGGGUUAGGAGGCCAUCGUCCAGCAGAGAAUGAAUUCGCGAGAGGCCUCCACGUCUUGUUUCGUCACUUUGUUCGAGUUCGUCAGCGUUCUACGGUGAGAGAUUUGCGCCGCCGGCAGCUACGCCGCGCGCGUCUGUUCGCUUGUUUCUGCGAUAAACCAUGUAACCG